AUGGCCUUUGCACGCGCCCGCACCGUCGCCCGCAACCUCCAUCAGUCGCUCAACCGUCGCCCGUUCUCCACGGCUUCUCCAUCGCAGGGCGCAGCGGCGAGGGCAGCGUCGAAGCGAGCAUUUCAGCUGGGUAUUGGCGCUGGAGCUGUGCUGACAGUCGGCGGAGUAGCGACCUACCUCUACACGCAGUCUCCUGUCUUCCUCGAUGCGCCUUCGCCGCUCCCAGUCAAGCAGCGACGGCGAGACCGCUCGCUCACCGCCGCCGAAGUCGCAAAACACAACUCGAAGGGCGACCUCUGGGUCGUGAUUGACUCGCAGGUGUGGGACAUUUCCGACUUCGCUGAGAUUCAUCCCGGCGGUAUCAAGGUGCUCGAGCAGAACGCCGGAAAGGACGUCACCAAGCUCUUCAAGACGAUCCACCCGCCCAAGACGCUCGAGAAGUUCCUGACGGACGAGAACCUCGUCGGCUACAUCGACGUCGAUGAAUCGACGAAGAUUGGAGGUGGAAAGAACGCCGAGGACUUCAGGAUCGAACAGGCUCGCAAGUCGUUGCGAAAUGUCGACACCAUUGUCUGCCUCGACGAGUUUGAGGAAAUCGCGCAGUCCAUCCUGACUGAGAUGGCGGCGAGCUAUUACGCAACGGGAUCUGAGACGGAGCAGUCUCUGCGCGACGAGCGAGAAUCCUGGCAGAGGAUCCGCUUCCGACCGCGAGUGAUGCGCAAGAUGCGUCAUAUCGACUCGCGCACGUCCUUUCUCGGCAUGCCUCAACCGCUCCCCUUCUUCAUCGCUCCCGCCGGUCUCGCUCGACUCGGCCACCCUGAUGGCGAGCUCAACAUAACCCGAGGUGCCGCAGAACACGGCGUCGUCCAAAUCGUCUCGUCCGGCGCGAGCGCCUCAAUCGACGAAAUUUUCGGUGCAAAACAGCGCGAACAGAUUCUAUUCUGGCAGCUCUACCUCCCCGGCGACCGCGAGGCCGGCGCAAAGAAGAUUAAGCAUGCCGUCGAGCUUGGAGCGAAGGCGAUCUUUGUCACGGCUGACGUGCCCGUCCUCGGCAAGCGAGAACGGGACCUCAAGCUCAAGGCCCGGUCACAGUCUUACGAGCAUCCGAUUGCCGCGCAAUGGAAAGCGGCAGGCGCGUCCGACUGGGAAGCCGUCAAGCAGCCCGGCGUUUCCGACAUUCCCGACACCGCUCACAUCGACGCCAACCUCUGCUGGGAAGACAUUCCCUGGAUCCGCAAGCAGGCGCCGGGCAUCCCGAUCGUCGUCAAGGGUGUCGGCUGCGUCGAGGACGUCGAGGAGGCGAAGAGGUAUGGCGCGGACGGUGUCGUUCUCUCUACGCACGGUGGGCGACAACUCGACGGCGCUCGCGCUCCUAUCGACGUCCUCAUUGAGAUUCGGAAGAAGAACCCGGAGUUGCUCAAGGAGAUCGAAGUCUACAUCGACGGUGGCGCCCGACGCGGUACAGACGUCGUCAAGGCGCUCUGCCUCGGCGCAAAAGGCGUCGGCUUCGGCCGCUCGUUCCUGUAUGCACAGUCGGCUUUCGGUGCGGCAGGCGUCAGCAAGGCGAUAAAGAUCCUCGAGGAGGAGGUUCACUCGACGAUGCGGCUGCUCGGCGCCAACACGAUUGCGGAUCUCAAGCCUGAGAUGGUCGAGGUGUCGAGUCCGGAGCGUUGGGUGCCGGUGUAG